GGCAUUCUGCCUGGUCACUGGUGACAAUAGCAAUAUGUGUCCAGAGGCACAGAAUGUUGGUUUCUAACAGACUACUUCCAAAACAGUUUGAGAAAAAAAACUGUCUGAUUUUAAGUCUCUAGAGGUCUGUAAUAGUUUUUACAUUUUUCAGGCAGUGUAAAGUUUUUUGAUAAGGCCAUUUUAGGUGGCUCACUUUCUCAUUAAAAUAUAUAUAUAGAACCACUUUUUGUAGAUUAGUAUAAGAAAAUAUUUACCCUGUUUUAGGGCAAAUGCUACCUAUUUGUGUCACCUUUUGCUGAACUGACUCACAGUUAGACAAUCCAUGGUUUAAUGCACAUGAAAUUACCUAUAUUUUAUACUGUUUCAAUGUACAGGAGAAAGGUUACUGUAAAAUGUGUUACGUUGGUGCUUCUGUGAAUUAAGUUGUGGUUUCAUCAUGAGUCUUAUGGUCUUAAGUGUUCUGUGUUUAUAAAAGACAAGUUUGAAAUUGGUUUACUUGAACAACAACAACAAUGAAAAAUGAGUUUAAAAAAAAGUUGUUUGCUUAAAAAAAAAAAAAAUUUCAUGUGAAAAAUUAAAAAAUAUUCCAGAAUAAGUUUGUGUUGGCUUGUGACGCAUUGAUGUCAUUUUUUUAUUGUGGACAAUUUAGAUGUGUUUGUGUUCAGCAAAAUGUGAUCGGUUUUUCUUUUAAAGAAAAAAAAAUCAGUGAAAAUAUAGUGCCAAAUUCCAAAGGUACUUUCUUCCUAGAGCUUCAGUGUGUUUCUUGUGUGAAGUAAUUUGAUAACAUGGGUAUUUUAUUAUGUGUUUUGUAUAAAUCCCUAAUAUUUAAAGAAAAAAAAGAGGUUAAAAAGUUUGUUAACUUGCUAUCCUGUGGUCUUGUUGCCUGAAAUUGUUAUUGUUUGUUAUUUCUCUUUGAUGUUUUUUGUAAAACAUUGUAUAAGUGCCCAUGUUUCACUUUUUUAACCACUCUGCACAUCAAUGCUGUGAAAGCAAACCUCACAAUGUAUUUUCUUCAUAAUGUAUGGAAACCUCUAAGGUGAGAAAGUUUUGAACUUUUAACCCUUUCCACCCAGAGCUGUCUUGAGUGUUAAUACCUUUUAUACAUUCACCAUUUUGCUGUUUAUUUUUAUAUAUAUAUCUAUAUAUAUAAAUAUAUAUAUAUAUACUUAGUUUUUUGUGGUUUAUUUAAUACAUGGUUGAAAUCAGAAAAAUGCACAGGGCAGAUCUGAAGGACAAAAAAUUAUUUUACUGCUGUCUAAAUUUCUUCUGUAUCUAUAACUAAAAUUAUUUAAAACAGUAAUUAACUUGUGGUUUUCCUUUUUAGAUUUUGGGUUUUUUGUCUUUUCUUAAAGAGCUUUUAAUAUGCUGCUGGAAUAUGCUAUUCAGUAUUAAUAAAAUAAAAUAAAAAAAACAAUUCUUUAAUUAUCUAUUGUGUGAGCCGCUCCCAGAUUGGAGUGGUUAUUCCACCAUUUGAAAACAUUGAGGAGAAAAAACAAUAUUUUUGUAAUUAAAUAAAUGAACUUUUGCUUAAAUCAGAUGCACUAGAUCUUCCUGGGUGAAAAUUCAAUGUGUACUGCAGUUAAACUACUUUUUAUGGAUAAAGUUUACAUAUGCUGUAAUGCUUGGUGUUAUCUGCCGUUAUUCGUAUUGACAAUAUAUGGGCCCAAUCCUACAGACACUCACCCAAGUAACUUUACUUGUGCCAGUAGUCAAUGAGAAUAUGUAUGUGACUUAAGUGGUUGUUUGUUGGAUUGAGUCCUAUGUAAGGAACCCAAAAAGAGAUGCUGGUAGCCUUUUCACUGCCUUUUAAAUUUGACUGGAUUGCAUGUCUACAGCACGAGUCGCCACCAGUGACCAAAUUUGGUUCUUUACUACUGGAAAAUAGACUCCAUUGCCAAUUCAAUGCAUGUGAGCAGCAGUACCUGCUUCUGAUAACUAAGUGCCAUAUCUUCUUCCAUUAUCUAUUCCUAUUUGGUUAUAUUCAAAGCCUCUAAAAUGAAAAGUGAAGCCCUAUAUGAACAGCAUAAAGACACAGGUGGUGCACUCUGUCUCUCGUCCCCAACUUUGCUUAAAUGCUCGUUUAUGUAGAAGCCCUGGGAUGGAAAGGACUAGCCUCUAGUGAUGCAAAAAAGUUUCCUCCUUAUAGCACAUGCACUUAUAACUAAAUGAUCUAUAUUAUUCUCAUAUGUUUUUACUACUGCGGAGGCCUUCCUACACCCUUUGAGGGCUAUUUUGUAAUUCUUGCAGCAAUUUUGCUUAUUCAAAGUAUCAUCACACAUUAUAUUAUAUAUAUGCACACAUAUAUAUAUAUAUAUAUAAUAUGAGAAUAUAAUCUGAUUUUUUUUUCUGUUUCACUAAUUCUUCUCAUUUUAUCCACCAUAUAAAUUUCCAACGGUUUUUCAGAUCCCUUCAAUGCAGCAGCCCCAGUGCAAACUGCAGGUUUAGAGUCCAGUUAGAAUAUUAGAGUUAAUAUCCUAGAACGCCAGCUGCUGUAAACUGG